CUAGGCUCGGUCCUGACCUCCAGCUUCGGCGUGACCCGGCCACAGAGGGCUGGCGAUUCAUCAGGCUGCUCGGGGAGCCGCCGAGCCUAUCAGAAAGUUAUCCCUUAUAAAGAAUUUUUUAAAAAAGAGGAAGAAAAAAAACAAACUCAGCAAAACUUAAGUAUCAUACAAAAAGAGUCUGACUUCAUGUAGUGUUCCACAUCAGUGAGCUCUCCUGUCUGGCCCCAGGAUAACCUGAUCACUUGAAAUUUUAUCACCAGAAGGAUGACUCAGAUUUCAGAUACAUUCAGACAAGCCUCAUGGAAGCAUUUUGGGACACACUAUUCAAGACCAUUAUUUGAGAUUACAAAGGCUUCCCAGACGUGGCCAUUGAUAGAAAAGAGGACAUGUUGGCACGGUCAUGCAGGAGGAGGACUCCACACAGAUCCUAAGGAAGGGCUAAAAGAUGUAGACACCCAGAAAAUCCUAAAAGUAAUGCUUUCAUAUGUAUGGCCCAAAGAUAGACCUGAUCUGCGAGCCCGAGUUGCCAUUUCUCUGGGCUUAUUAGGAAGUGCAAAGGCUAUGAAUAUAGUAGUUCCCUUUAUGUUUAAAUAUGCAGUCGACAACCUCAACCAGAUGUCAGGAGAUGUGUUAAACUUGACUGAUGCACCAAAUACAGUAGCAACCAUGGCAACAGCAGUUCUGAUUGGCUAUGGUGUGUCAAGAGCUGGAGCUGCCCUUUUUAAUGAAGUUCGAAAUGCAGUAUUUGGUAAAGUGGCACAAAAUUCUAUCCGAAGAAUAGCCAGGAAUGUCUUUCUCCACCUCCACAAUCUGGAUCUGGGCUUCCACCUGAGCAGGCAGACAGGUGCCCUGUCAAAGGCUAUUGACAGAGGAACAAGGGGUAUCAGUUUUGUCCUGAGUGCAUUAGUAUUUAAUCUUCUUCCCAUCAUGUUUGAAGUGACCCUUGUCAGUGGGAUUUUGUAUUACAAAUGUGGUGCCCAGUUUGCACUUGUCACCUUGGGAACAUUGAGUGCAUACACUGCUUACACAAUUGGAAUCACCCGGUGGAGAACUAAAUUUAGAAUAGAAAUGAACAAGGCAGAUAAUGAUGCAGGUAAUGCUGCCAUAGACUCGCUGCUGAACUAUGAAACUGUGAAGUAUUUUAAUAAUGAAAAGUAUGAAGCACAGAGAUAUGAUGGAUUCUUGAAGUCUUAUGAGGCAGCUUCACUCAAGAGCACUUCUACCCUGGCUAUGCUCAACUUUGGACAAAAUGCUAUUUUCAGUGUUGGCCUAACAACAAUAAUGGUUCUUGCCAGUCAGGGAAUUGUGGCAGGGACCCUUACUGUUGGAGAUCUUGUAAUGGUGAAUGGGCUGCUUUUUCAGCUUUCGCUACCUCUGAACUUUCUGGGAACUGUAUACCGAGAGACUAGACAAGCACUCAUCGAUAUGAACACUCUGUUUACACUACUCAAGGUAGACACACAAAUUAAAGACAAAGAGAUGGCACUUCCCCUUCAGAUUACACCACAGACAGCUUCGGUGGCCUUUGAUAAUGUACAUUUUGAAUACAUUGCGGGUCAGAAAGUCCUGAAUGGAGUAUCAUUUGAAGUCCCCGCAGGAAAGAAAGUGGCCAUUGUAGGAGGUAGUGGGUCAGGAAAAAGCACAAUAGUGAGAUUACUGUUUCGGUUUUUUGAGCCCCAGCAUGGUAACAUUUAUAUUGCUGGUCAGAAUUUACAAGAUGUCAGCUUGGAGAGCCUAAGGAGAUCUGUGGGAGUGGUGCCUCAGGAUGCUGUUCUCUUCCAUAACACCAUCUAUUACAACCUCUUAUACGGAAACAUGAAUGCUUCAGCUGAGGAAGUUUACGCAGUAGCAAAAUUGGCUGGAAUCCACGAUGCUAUUCUUCGGAUGCCUCAUGGAUAUAACACACAAGUUGGGGAGCGGGGGCUCAAGCUUUCUGGAGGAGAAAAGCAGCGAGUAGCAAUCGCCAGGGCCAUUUUGAAGAACCCUCCUGUCAUUCUCUAUGACGAGGCUACGUCAUCAUUAGACUCGAUUACUGAGGAGAAUAUCCUCAAUGCCAUGAGGGACAUGGUGAAACACAGAACAUCUAUUUUCAUUGCACACAGAUUAUCAACAGUGAUUGAUGCAGAUGAAAUCAUUGUCCUGGAUCAGGGUAAAAUAGCUGAGCGGGGGACCCACGGGAGUCUCCUUGCUAAUCCUGGGAGCAUCUAUUCAGAAAUGUGGCAUGCUCAAAGCAACCCUCUAUCAAAUAAUAAUUCCAAAUGGGAAGAGAAGAAAGAGCGGAUAUCCAAAGAGGAGGAAAGGAAGAAACUCCAAGAAGAAAUUAUCAACAGUGUCAAAGGCUGUGGAAACUGUUCCUGCUAAACUCUGCAAGGCAUUUUAAUUGUUUCCUUAAAAACAAAAACAACAAAAAAAAAAACUUCAAAUGACACAUUUGCACUGAUGCAGAAUUCAUGAUUUAUUUAGAAACAAAAACAGAAAAUUUGAAUUCCCCUCUUAUAAAAUUCUUUUCUUAGGUAUCAGUUCUUGUUCUAAAGGAUUUUCUUUCCCUAUCUUUCUCAGUCUGUCUCUUUAUUUUCCCUUUCUCUAUACUUCCCCUCUCCCCCAGAAAAAAACAAAAACAAAACCAAGCAAUUCACCUCACUUUUUUCUCUAUUAUCCUUCACCACCAGCCACUCCCAGGGUUUUUCCAUUGUUUAAUCACUUUAGAACUGGGCUAAAUCCAAUUUAUUGUUCUCUACAUUCUGGUAUAACUUCUCCCACUGUGAUUGAUUUGUUAAAAAGUGUUCAUCUCCAUACCCAGCUAAAUCACAUGGGUUUACUUACACAUUACUGUAAAAUAUUUAAAAUUCUUUUAGUUAACAUUUUGAUUGAAAAGAAUUUCUCUCCGUAAAGAAAAAAAAAUGUCUUAUAGUUAGUUAGCUAGCUUUUUAAAAUAUUGCAUUGAUCUGAAAACCGAUUAAUAAGCACAUUCAAAGCCACAAAUUUCUAGGCCUGCUUUAUAGGUCAACUGUGCUAGUCGAUAAAACAUCUACCUACCUUAAUGUUGUUUCAAGUGUUUUGACCGAGAAACUCCCUUGAACUGAUGUUGGCAAGGAAGAUGUUCCACUGAGGCCCUGGGCUGAAAUGCAUGAUUUUGGCAGGUAGGCAGGUGAUUCUUAGAGAUUUCAGCAUAAUUUGAAAGUUAAACAUUCAGAUUUUAGGAAAUUGAAACUUGUUCUUUCUCUAAAUGUUUUCUUCUUUUCCUAUCUGAAAUUAUACAGGGGGAAGAUGGGGUUUUUGAGUGAAGCAACUUCCAUUUAAAAAUCAUUAAGGAUUAUUAGGAACCCAGGGAGGAUUAGGUGAGGAACAGAGCUCAUUAAUCUCAGGUUCUAGGUAAGGUCUUCUCUCCUGGCUCAGCAAUUAGAUGUGUCCACACUUUCCUUGGAAGCAAGUUAGUAAUCCACUUUUACCUUCCAGGAACAAUUAACAAAACACUUCUGAUACUUGGGUCAGUCAAUGACUAGCCCCUCUUUUCUACUGGGUGCUUCUUUUAAUUCUCGUGGGUGGUCAUUAUUCAAUUUGAAAAACUUUUUGAUCUCCUGUAGUACGGAAGAAUUCACACAGAGUUGUAUAUAAUAAGAAGACUAUUUUAAUUGUUAUUAUUUUGAGGUUUUAAUGUGCUUUGUGCAACAGGAAAUAUGGGAGUUCAUAUGGGCUUAUUUAUAUGUAUUGAAUCAGGAGAUAAAAUGUGGACCUUACCUAAGUCCAGUAUCCAAUUUUACUAUGUCAGAGCAAAUCUAGAGAGAUGAGUAACUGGAAGCCAGUACUCUAAGGGAUAGUCUUUGACACUAGAAAUACAGGAAGCAGGAACCUGCUUUUAAGGUUGGCAAUAAGAAAAAAGUUCUUAGUCCGCUGCAAAAUGUUAUUCAGACAUUACAUCCUUUGCAGCCAUAGGCAUUUCCAAGAUCCUAAGAAAUAAAAUCCCUGUUUAUUUCCCUUAAAAAAAAAAAAAAAACAAUUCUGUCAUAUUACUGGAAAUGAAGUAAGGGGCUCCAUGUCCUUUUUUUUCUUUUGGCUGUCCCUUCUAGGUGUUUUCUUUAGCUCAGAGGAAAAAGGAAGCAGCAUGUACAGUGCACUGGCUUGGAAGACAGGACCUGAAUUCAGAUCUUCCCUCUGAGUCUCACCACCCGUGUGAUCUGUGGCAAAUGACUUUUCCUUCCUGAGUCUCAGUUUGCUCAUCUGUAAAAUGAGGGUCUGGAUCUAGAGAUGGUCUCUGAGAUCCCUUCUAGCUCUAAGUCUAUGAACCUAUAAAGAUAGAGCUCAGUUAAAUAAUCAAGAAAGCAGCAGUGAAGUAACCCUUCUGAAACACAUACAUAAAUGUUCAGAAUAAUAGCUUUCAAUAUACAAAUAGGACACUUGGUUAAGGAAGGGCCAGGAUUAUUUGAAUACUGUUUAAGUAGAUAAUGAUUUUUUUCCUCCCAGAGGUCAUCUAAAACUUGUCGAGAUCAUGAGUCAUUACAAGUCAGGUUGAUGGGCAUUUUCAUUGCAUAAUUGGGCAGUAUUUUCAGUAAGUGUCCUGAAAAAUACAGUUGUCCUGGGGUCAGAACCAUGACUUGGAUGAAAAUGUCUUUUCUCAUAAACUCAUAGGAUGUUAGAAUUUCUAGAUCCCUCAAAAUGAAGUGAACUGGGGGUAACUAUAGGUGGUGCAGUGGAUAGACAGCACCAACUCUGGAGUCGGGAAGACCUGACUGACCCAGAGCAGGUCUAAACUUAACUCGCCCUUUCUUCUCUCCCCUCAAAUGAAGUGAACUGCCCAAUUUUGCACAAUCAUUGACAGAGCAGGGACUUAAAUCCAGGGCCAUUCUAUCACCCUUGUUGUCUGUGUGGGGAAUGGAUAAGGACAGUGACUUCAACCCAGCUGGUAAUCAUGGUAGUUUAAUAUGAUGCCAUAAAAGCUCUUCCCAAGGUAAAGUGUAAGAAGAGGUUCUUUGGAUCUUUUAAUUAGAGUAAAUGCCAAAGGAAAGGGCAUUUGAUCCAUAGUGAGAUAAUUUUACAUUAUAAUCUAUAAGCAAGCAAAAGCACUGCAUAUGAGGGGUUGUCUCUAAAUCAGGGCUGCAGAAGAAAAUGCUUUUUAAUAUAUUUUCUCUGAAUAUGUUGCAGCCUUUGAAUCUGGGUUUUGAACAGAGAAGUUUCAUUGGGCAUUAUCUCCAGUACACCUCUGGAUAGUCCCCUUCUAUUUGGGAGUCCUAGUUUAUCAUUGGACUGAGCCUGAAAGGAAUGAUCUGGCUACCUUUCUGAUGGUAGGUGAGUCAGUGAGCUCAUUUGGAAAAACUUGAACAGCCAAAUGUAAGAGUCAUCUGUGAAAACCAGAUCCAAGUGCUAGAAUUACAAAAACCAGCCUUGAAGUUUGCACCCCAAAGACAUAAAUUUAUAAUAUACAUAUUCUUUUCCUUUGGAGGAAUUCACACUUUUUUCUAAUACCUUCAGAUAAAGUUUUUUGUUUUUUCUUUUUCUCUAGCUGUUGAGAGAACCCAAUUUUUGAAGGUGGCCUUCCUCAAAGUACACCAUGCUUUAAAAGGCAAUGAUAUCUAAAGGUCCUACAAUUCCUCUGUUUUGGGGAUAGCUCGCCCAAACGUUGCCCAUCUCCCUGUCAGCUUUCACAUAUUUUUCUCCCUGCUUUCUUGAUUGUUCAAUGUAUCACUGAGCAGAAAUUUUUGCAACACUUGUUUUUUAAUUCUGUUUGUUUCACAUCUUUUAUCUCAGGAUUAUCUAUUAUGAAUUCAUAAUGGUAAGCUUUUAUAUGUGUGUGAAAGUUCCAUGAUUUUUUUUAAAGGUCCUUUUCCCUCUCUUUCCAAUUCCAGUAUGGAGAACUGACUGUAAACUGUACAGUAAAGAACAGUAUUAAGCCAAAGAAGCUGGCUAAAACUGGUUGAUUUAAAAAAAAAAUGUAGGGAAACCCUUUAUUAUAGUUUUAUUGUUUAUGAUAAUCUGUGUAGAUAAUCAUUACUAAAUAAAUGACAUAUCUUUCUGAAUAGAAA